UGAUGAAGCUCUUGCCUCUCCUCUGCCUCACACAGCCUUCACGAGCUCAUCUGUCUUCUCCAAUGGAUACGCACCUGGAUAUGCCAAGCUCAACAGGAGAGGAGGUGCUGGUGGAUGGUCUCCUCUGGACAGUGACCAUUACCAGUGGCUACAGGUGGACCUGGGUUCCAGAAAGCAGGUUAGUGCCAUAGCAACGCAGGGUCGCUACAGCAGCUCUGAUUGGACGACACGGUACCGUCUUCUCUACAGCGACACAGGAAGGAACUGGAAACCGUAUCACCAGGAUGGCAACAUUUGGGCCUUCUCUGGAAACUCAAACUCGGAGAGCUCCGUUCGCCAUGAGCUGCAGCAGGGAAUCGUGGCUCGCUUCCUGAAGCUCGUCCCACUGGACUGGAGCGAGGAGGGACGGAUCGGUCUGCGCAUAGAAGUCUAUGGCUGCUCAUACUGGGCGGAUGUGAUCAACUUUGAUGGACAGGGUGUAAUCUCCUAUCGUUUUAAGGUGAAGAAGAUGAAGAUCAUUAAGGAUGUGAUCGCACUGAGGUUCAAGACAUCAGACAGCGAGGGUGUGAUUCUCCACGGGGAGGGCCAGCAGGGAGACUACAUCACCCUGGAGCUUCGCAAGGCCAAGCUGCUGCUGCAGAUAAACCUAGGCAGUAACCAGUAUGGUUCUAUUCUGGGUCAUACCUCUGUGACCACCGGCAGCCUCUUGGAUGACAAUCACUGGCACUCUGUGGUGAUUGAACGCUACCGUCGUAAUGUUAAUUUCACCCUGGACAGACACACUCAGCACUUCAGGACCAAUGGAGAGUUUGACCACCUUGAUUUGGACUAUGAGUUGAGUUUUGGGGGGAUGCCAUACAGUGGGAAGCCAGUGGGAGGAGGGAGAAAAAACUUUAAAGGCUGCAUGGAGAGCAUCAACUACAAUGGAGACAACAUUACAGACCUGGCUCGCCGAAAGAAGCUAGACACCUCCAGCUUUCGUAACCUGUCCUUCUCCUGUGUGGAGACCCACUCCUUCCCGGUCUUUUUCAACGCCACCAGCUUCCUGCAGCUGCCAGGACGGGCCAAUCACAACACAGUAUCUGUGGGCUUCCAGUUUCGUACGUGGAACCCCAAUGGGCUCCUGCUGUUCAGUAAUAUCGGCGACGGCACACUGGAGGUCUCACUCAAAGAUGGCAAGGUUGUAGUUCAUGUCAAUGUGACGACGGCCACCAGAAAUAACCGGGUAGACUUAUCGUCGGGCUCGGGCCUUAAUGACGGCCAGUGGCACGCGAUACGUUUGGUCGCCAAGGAGAACUUCGCCAUGUUGACGAUAGAUGGCGAGGAGGCAUCUGCUGUGCGUUCCACCUCACCCCUCACCGUCACCACGGGAGGAACCUAUCAUUUGGGAGGAUAUUUUCUCCAGACGUUGUUCCCGCCCUCCCAGCGCUCCUUCCAGGGCUGCAUGCAAGCAAUCCUGGUGGAUGACCAACCGGCUGAUUUGCAUGCAGUGGAAAAAGGCACAGUGGGAGCUUUCGAGAAUGUCAGCCUGGACAUGUGUGCAAUCAUAGACAGGUGUAUGCCUAAUCACUGUGAACAUGGCGGUCGGUGUAAACAGACGUGGGACAGUUUCAGCUGUACCUGUGAUGGAACAGGAUACACUGGAGCCACCUGCCACACUUCUAUCUAUGAGCCAUCAUGUGAGGCUUAUAAGCAUUUGGGCAGAUCCUCUGACACCUACUGGAUCGACCCUGACGGCAGUGGACCCCUUGACCCCUUCAAAGUCAACUGCAACAUGACAGAGGACAAAGUGUGGACGACAGUUAUGAACAACCUACCACCCAAUACUACAGUGACUGGCUCCAGUAGAGAGAGACGCACGGUACUCCAGGUCAACUACAGUGCCUCUAUGGACCAGGUGACAGCCAUCACCACCAGUGCGGAAUACUGUGAGCAGCGAAUCGCCUACAGAUGUAGCAUGUCCAGACUGCUCAACACUCCAGAUGGGACCCCCUACACGUGGUGGGUGGGCCGGGGCAGCGAGAAGCACUUCUACUGGGGGGGCUCGGGACCUGGCAUCCAGAAAUGUGCCUGUGGCAUCGACAGGAACUGCUCUGACCCCAAAUACGACUGCAACUGUGACGCUGACAGCGCAUACUGGAGAGAAGAUUCUGGUCUCUUGGUGUAUAAGGAACACCUGCCAGUCAGCCAGGUUGCCGUGGGUGACACCAACAGACCGGGCUCUCAGGCCAAGCUGACAGUUGGACCGCUUCGCUGCCAGGGAGAUAAUAACUACUGGAACGCUGCAUCAUUCACCACUCCGUCAUCCUACCUGCACUUUGCCACCUUCCAAGGUGAGACCAGCGCCGACAUCUCCUUCUAUUUCAAGACCAGCGCACCCUAUGGCGUCUUUCUGGAAAACCUAGGCAACACUGACUUCAUCCGCUUGGAGCUCAAAUCUCCUAAAGUUGUCUCCUUCUCCUUCGAUGUCGGAAAUGGACCUGUGGAGUUAACGGUGCAUUCGGCCAUGCCCCUCAAUGAUGACCAGUGGCACCGCGUGAUGGCCGAGCGGAGUGUUAAAGAGGCCGUCCUUCAGUUGGAUCAGACCUAUCGGGCAUCUCAGCUUGCCCCUGCACAGGGGCACACACGGCUAGAGCUGUUCAGCCAGCUCUAUGUGGGUGCUGCAGGUGGCCAGAGGGGGUUCCUGGGCUGUAUCCGGGCCCUACGGAUGAACGGCAUCACCCUCGACCUGGAAGAGAGAGCCAAGGUCACGCCUGGGGUCAAGCCCGGUUGCCAAGGUCACUGUACAAGUUAUGGGAUGUACUGCCGCAACGGAGGAAAGUGUGUGGAGAGGUACAACGGGUACUUGUGUGACUGCACCGCCACCGCCUAUGAUGGCCCGUUCUGCACCAGAGAUGUUGGGGGUUUCUUUGAGGCAGGAACACUGAUCAAGUACAACUUUAUGGCCGAAGCAACACCGGGAGCCAGUAAGGACACAAAGAUCCUUACGCACCAGUUGACACCACAGGAUGUAAAUUUAACAAAGGAGGAAGUGGCCUUUAGUUUCAGCACAUCCAAUGCUCCAGCUAUUCUGAUGUAUGUCAGCUCCAGGACGCAGGACUAUAUGGCGGUGGUGUUAAGGCAGAACGGUUCACUGCAGGUGCGGUAUAACCUGGGAGGUCUGAAGGAGCCAUUUGCCAUAGAUGUGGACCAGCGUAACCUGGCCAACGGACAGCCACAUAGCAUCAAUAUGUCCCGUGUCGACAGAAGCAUCACCAUUCAGUUGGAUCAUUACCCUCCAGUCAGCUACACCCUCCCAGAUGCCUCAGACACAAAGUUCAACCUGGUCAAGACGCUGUUCUUGGGCAAAGUCUUCGAAACUGGACACAUAGACCCAGUGCUCAUCGAGCGGUACAACACCCCAGGCUUUGUCGGGUGCCUGUCACGGGUGCAGUUCAACGGAGUCGCCCCCCUGAAGUCUGCACUAAGAACCGCCACACAGGCACAAGGUACACCAGCAGCCGGACAACCAGACAGACAGCCUGCAGCCACAUUGCCAGUGUCUUACCAGGGUAAACUGGUAGAGUCCAACUGCGGGGCAUCACCUCUCACCAUCCCACCAAUGUCUGCCGCAACAGAUCCCUGGCAUCUGGAUAACACAGAUGCAGAGUUCCCCUUCAAUGAGGAAAGAGUAAUUCCUGAUGGAGUCAACAGGGACUCAGCUAUCAUCGGAGGUAUCAUUGCAGUGGUGAUCUUCACCAUCUUAUGUACUCUGGUGUUCCUGAUCCGCUACAUGUUCCGUCACAAAGGCACCUACCACACCAACGAGGCCAAGAGCAGCGGAGAGUCCGCCGGAGAAUCGGCAGACACGGCCAUCAUCGGCACGGACAACCCAGAAACCAUCGACGAAUCAAAGAAGGAGUGGUUCAUCUAACAGCCAAUGGCAGGACUUUGAGGGAGGAAGUGAUUCGUCUGGCCUCGAGUUUCCACAGAGAUGGAGGUUUCAUUCAAUGACCAAUCACAAGAGAGAUGAGGAAAGGCCAUUCAAUAGGACAAUAAUCUCCCAGAGAGGGCAGGGAUGUGGGAAAGACGUGUACAAAUCUUUUUUGUUUGUUUGUUUGUUUUUGUUUUUUUAUAUAUCCAGAGUAUUAGAGAGAGAAGAGGGGGACAGUUAUUCAGUGGAGCACGGCUAUAAGAGACUGUACAUGUAUAUACUAACCGGCUUGUCCUUCUUUGUAUCGUGCUUGGGAGUUUUCAGGAGUCCUUUGAAUACUGUAUAUGACAAAUAAUUAUACUUACUGGGUCGUGUGAUAGCACAGGUUUAUCUCCAGUCUCGGUUGCGUUUUGAUUUUAUAUUUUAACAAAAAUUCUAUCAAAAAUGAUCAAAUCAACAUGCCAAACCCUUUUUUUUUUAAUUUAUCAGGCUGCGCCAGCCUGUCAACACUCAUAUCUGUCCGUAAAUGACACACCACUUAUACUGUGGUAAUAUAGGGUUUAACAUGGAUGCCAAAAGUUCAGUUUUUGUAAAUACAAUAUUUUGUGUUAUUUUCUCUUUUUCUCAAAAGAUUUAUUCAGAGUCCGAUACAUAAAUACUAAUGACAAAUUUCAGAUCUAUAUUACAAUAUCAUGCAUCUGUCCAUUACAUUAUAUGUGUAUUAAAUAUAGAGUUUUAUGUUAAAAUCUUAUGACAUUCGAUUGUAUGGGACAUUCCUUUCUGAGGAAAGGCAGAGAAGAGUUUCUCAGAGCAUAAUGGGAAAUCAUGACACUCCAUGGUUAUGUUGGUUUAGCUCAGCACGGCAGCUUUCUUUAAUUUGGAAUGGGUGAAACAGUGAGCCUUUACUCACUCACACUUGAGUGGUCGGUCUGUUUCUUUGCCAAACUCUUGAGUCUUACGUCAUUCUACGACCAGCUCAGAUUCUCACCUUAUAAAUGUUAGACUUUGAGUCAAGGAAUUCCUUUGCAUAUCUUUGCAUCUUACAUUGACGGUGAGCUGUAGGGUUACAGUGCGUGCAUACGUCUGUGCGUAUAUGUGUGAAGUAGUUUAAAGAGGUGGAUAUACAGAACACUAGGUCAGAUGAAUGGCAUUUGCCACAUUGCCAGAAAAGACAGUCAAGAUUUUCACAGGGAAGUAAUGAAUGAGAUACUUAAUGAGUUGUAUUGAUUGUUGCACUAAACUCCAGCCAUUAAGUGGUGGAAGCAGCAUGAAACAAAAAAAAUAACUGACAGCAAAUAUUUGAUUAAGAUCUGGGAAGAGGUUCAGAUGAUAAUUGGCUUAUUAAUUCAUUGUGCCUUCAAGGUGUUGAGCCAUUUCGCCUUGUCCUGGACUACUUAACAAAUACUACAAAAACCUGACUACUGCUGCAUGAAUUCUCAUUAAUCACAGUUUUCAUGUGCUUUUAUGGUGCUGUGUUCAAUUUCCCGAUAAAAACACUGAUUUUGAAGUUAAAACGCUUCCAGCAGAUUUCUCUCAAAUCCUUGAAAAACCUGACUUUCUCAAGCGUAGCUGUUUUAGAUGAUUUAUAGAAGAGCAGCAGGCUACACAACACACAGCAAUUGUUCGCCUACCUUCUGUGACGCACAUACACACGUAAACAUGCAUGUUUGGCAGCGCAUGGGUCAAGGUUGUUUAUUCAAUUACAAGAGCGACGUGUUCAGAAUGAGAAGUCUGCUGAUUUGCGAACACUUAAUUGAGCUUCUGGCUAACAGUGCCACUGUCGUCCAACAUGCAUUCAAAAGAUGUACAUGUUUCUGUUUUCUAACCAUGUUGUUUUUUCCUGACCAGCUGCCAAAUUUGUUGUUUUGUUACGAAUUUGCUUUUUGUGUAUCGGUUUGGUAAAACUGCUACCAUGGCACCUUGUUACAUGAAUGGUUUUGUACAUCAUCAUCACCUCAUGGUUGAGUGCUAACUGUAGAUCACCAUAUCAGAGACAUUAGAGCAGCUGGUGAACUCAGCCUGCCUUCUACUGUACUUGGGACUCAAAGAAGACUUUCUCCAUCUACACAUCAAACCCAUGAAGGCAAACAAGUGACUCUACUUUCCUUUUUUUAAGUAAUCUUAUCAGUCAGACCAUACAUAAACACGCACAUUUUCCCUUGAUAUGUGGUUUGAACAUAACAACUGAUGAUAAUGGAUUAUUAGCUCCAACAGACAAAACCAUAAUCCAUCUGUUUUUCUUUCAG